AUGACAGAAAGAACAUCAAUAUCACUCUCAAAACUUGCAUCAACAACAUUAGUGGAAUCUAAACCAAACCACACCAUUUCGAACAUGGAAGCUACUGUGGAGUACAGCGAGCGAGAGAAAGAAGUGAAACAGUUCGAGGACUCGAAAGCAGGUGUCAAAGGCUUGGUCGACUCAGGGAUAACAAAGAUUCCAAGAAUCUUCAUCCACCCACCUGAUGAUUUUAAGGUCUCACCAUCUUUUGAGGUCCCACUAAUUGAUCUCCAAGGCAUCGAUGGUGGCAGAGAAAGGAGAAAGGAGAUCGUGGAGGGCAUUACAGGAGCUGCUGAAACGUGGGGUUUCUUUAAGAUAAUCAAUCAUGGGAUUCCAAUUAACAUUUUGGAGGAGAUACUCCAAGGUGUUCGACGAUUUCACGAGCAGCCUCAUGAGUACAAGAAGGGGUGGUACUCCAAGGACUUUUCUCGGCCGGCGAUCUAUUACAGUAACGGUGACCUGAAAGCAUCUACUCCGACGGAUUGGAGGGAUAGCUUCACUUGCAGAUUCAAACAAAACCAUGAAAAUUUCGAUGCAUUGCCUCAUGUUUGUAGAGAAGAAAUAGAAGAGUUUUUCAAAAGGAUGAGUAGUGUACGAGACAUGAUAUCAGAAGUGCUAUCGGAAGCACUGGGGCUAAGGAGUGAUUACUUGACAAGCAUAGGGUGCUUGAAAUCAGCGUCCAUACUCGGCCACUAUUACCCGAUUUGCCCAGAACCAGAUUUGACUAUUGGGGCAACGAAACAUUCAGACAUGUCCUUUCUAACUUUACUUCUUCAAGACAAUCAAGGUGGCCUCCAAGUCGAUCAUCAAAACCAUUGGGUCAACGUUCCACCAGUUAAGGGUGCUUUGGUGGUCAACAUGGGAGACUUCAUGCAGAUUAUUAGCAAUGACAAGUUCAAGAGUGUAGAGCACAGAGUUCUGGCUACUCGAGCCACAGAGCCUAGAAUAUCUGUUGCUACUUUCUUUGGUGCAGCAAAUAACGAUCUACAAUUUGGACCAAUAAAAGAGCUACUAUCUGAUGAGAAUCCACCCAUUAAUAGGGAUACCACUUUUGGUGAGUAUGUUACAUAUUACAGAUCCAAGGACAAAAGGGUCUAUGGCAACUCGGCCCUUCCUCAUCUUAAGAUCAAUAAAUGA